AUGGCGGCCAAAGACAGCGCGCGCGACGACGAGCGCUUCAUCCAGAGUGGACCUCCUCAUCGGUCCGACAUUACUGCCGGGUGUGGUUCACUUGGGGCCUUUGUUCAUCGGAAGCUGCAGCAGCACGGUUCCGCGGUAGCACUGCACGAUGGACUGUUCGGAACGCAGGCGACGUAUCUGGAGCUGCUCGAGCAGGGGGCCCGGAUGGCCGAAUGCUUACGGACGGUGGCCGGUGUGCGCAGUGGUGACGCCGUCGGGCUGGCGUCGGAGAAUCGGCUCGAGUUUCCGGUGGUUGUCAUCGGUGCCUUCCUGCUCGGCGCUAGCGUCGCACCGGUCAACCUAACCUACUCGGAACAUGAGUUCGAGCAUGCGUUCCAGCUGUCCCGACCGCGGAUCGUGUUUGCGUCGCCGUACGCAGCAGAUCGGAUCAUCGCGGUGGCCGAGCGCCGCCGGGACCUCAUCCCCCUCGUGGUGCUGUUCAGUGAGGACGAGGAGACGAUCGGUGAAGAUCCGGCCGUCAGCGGUCAGUUUGUUAAGCUGCUCGGGCAGUUUCUGGCCCCGGUAUCGAGCGUCAACCCGCGCUCGCUCGAUCACGCACCGACGGAUGUGCACGAGCACGUCGCCCUCAUCAUGUGCUCCUCGGGCACGACCGGGCUGCCGAAGGGUGUGCAGCUAACGCAGGCCAACGUCAUGGCGAGCGUCGCACUGACUGAGGAGGCGAACGCAAUGACGGACUUGGGCGGUGAGCAGCUGGUGCUUCUGUGCGUGCUGCCCUGGUUCCACGCCUUCGGUUGUCUCAGUCUACUGAAUGUGCUGUGCAACGGUGAGCGGAUGGUGGCGUUGCCCCAAUUCGAGGAGACGACCUACCUCACCUGCAUCGAGCAGUACCGCUGCAACACGCUACUGACCGUACCACCGCUGGUGCUGUUCCUUGCCAAGCACCCACUGGUGGCCGACUACGACCUGACGAGCGUUCACACCAUCAUCUGCGGUGCGGCACCGCUGGCUAGCGAAACGGAGGCGCUGGUCCGCCAGCGGCUGCCGAGUGUUCGAUUCGUCCGCCAGGGGUACGGUAUGAGCGAGCUAACGCUGGCGACCCUGGUGCAGAGCGGUGACGGCCAUACGACGGGCAGUGUUGGCCGGCCCCAGAUCGGUACGCAGGUGAAGGUAUGCGAUCCGGAGACGGGGCGCAUCCUCGGCCCCGGUGAGCGGGGCGAGCUGUGCUUCCGCGGUAGCCAGGUGAUGAAGGGAUACGUGCGGGAUGAGGAGGCCACCCGGCAAACGAUCGAUGCGGACGGAUGGUUGCACUCCGGUGACAUCGGUUACUACGACGCCGAUGGCGAGUUCUACGUCAUCGAUCGGUUGAAGGAGCUGAUCAAGUACAAGGGCUCCCAGGUACCGCCGGCCGAGAUUGAAGCCGUCCUGCUCGGUCACCCGCUCGUGCAGGACGCGGCGGUGAUCGGGGUGCCGGACGAGACCGCCGGUGAACUGCCGAUGGCGUUCGUCGUACUGCAAGCGGCGGAGGCAAAGGCGGACCAACGGUUGCGGCCCGAGCACCUCGUCGAUUACGUCGCGAAGCGGGUAUCACCGGCCAAGCGGCUGCGCGGUGGCGUUCGCUUCAUCGAUGCCAUUCCCAAGAACCUGAGUGGCAAGGUGUUGCGCCGGGAGCUGCGAGAGCUUGCCAAGAGCUACGCGGUGCCUUCCCUUUCCUCGAAGCUGUAGGGCCACGUCGCCCACACAUUCUGCAAUUCGUUCGUCAACCAUCAGUCCAACGAUGGCGAUUGGACAUCAUCGCAAAACCAAUAAUCGGCAUCGGCAUCCGUACGAGCAGAGGGAUGUAAUCGAAUCCCGUCCCGGGACGCAAUAAAUGGUGGAAUUGUUUUCGUUCCGUUUCGCUUUCAAUUAAUUUCCAUUUCAUUUCCAU